AUGGCCAAAAGACACGGUCAUUACCGAGCCAGAGGCACUGGUAGAAAACAGGGCGGUCGUGGGAACUUCAAGAAAGCGAAGAACAACAGAAAACAGAAUCCCAGAGGCGAUAACAAUGGUAAUAGCAGUCGUGGUGGUGGCAGCUAUCUUCCAGUGGGAGGCGGUGAUUUAGGAAACGCCGAUAUGGUAGAAGAUUACUAUUUUGGACAGAAAUACGAUCCAAACUCCAUGCGUAUGGGUGGCUUCAGGCCUGGAAAGCACCAUGAGAUCGCUGAAGAGGAGAAAACGCGGAAUCUGCCGUUGCGGAAGCGGCCAGUAGAGUUUAUAAGAGCCAUAGAGGUCUACGAUCCCUCGCACGAUCUGAUUUUAAGACUACGUGGGGAGCUUCCGCCUGAAGAUAGCGAGGAAAACGCUCUAGAAAUGUCGGACGUUGGUAUGGAGAGCUCUGACAACGAGAACGACGAAGAACACGACGAAGAACACGACGAAGAACACGACGAAGAACACAGCAAUGAGAUGGGUGGGGAGGAUGAGGAGGAAUCACAUGCUUCCGACACUGUAGAGCAAAUACCGGUGAGAUUUGAAGAUGAACCUGAAGAUAUACCAGUGCGGGUGUGUAAUCCAUCUGGUGAAGCACAUGGGACCGAGGUUAUUGCUGCGCAGGAAAUUCCAAACGAAGAGCUCUUCUUCGUUGACGAGAUGCCGGAAACCAGUGGUAAAGUGAAAAGUGUUUAUGUGGACGCCGCCACCACCGAAACUCAGAGAAACCGUUCUGUAAACACCGAAUUCGAGCCUGUGCUUCUGAUAGGCAAGACGGAACUCAACCUUACGCAAAACAACGACGGAUCCACCUCUGUUUCCGUGCCCAAUUGGAAAUCGCAUCCUUGCAAACCAUCUGUUUCUCGGAACGGUUCACAGGAGAACUUUGACAAUAACGAUGGCUACGAUGAUAAUGAUGAUGAUGACUACGAGGAUGACUCCUACGGUGACGAAGUCGAAAUCGAAUGGGAAACAGAAUCCGAAGACAAGGAGGAAUCUGAAAGUGGCUUACCAGCGCGCAGAACUUCACCCAUGCUAUCAACUACAAUUCAAAGCCUGUCACUCAACGAUCAGGAAGUUGAAGCUGAGACUCAGAGUGAGCCGCCUAACUCUGCUCCCGAAUUUGGAUUCUUAGAGGAAGAUUUUGCCCUUAACGUUUCCGAGCUCAAUAUCACUAAUAUUCGGGUCGGCGCCCGGGAAAACUCUUACUACUUAGGCAGUUACAGAUAUUUCGGAGACUACGAGCCCAGAUGGGUAGACCAAGACGAUUUGGUAGAGUUUGUGACAGAAAUGGGAUUGCCUGAACAUCGGAUCGAUUCCUACUUAAGCUAUGUCAUGGAUGCUGUUGUACCGAGGGGGAGAAGUGACGAUGAACUCGACAAAAAAAUUGCGAAGGAAGCGGCUGUAUUGGCUAGUGAGACUGAGACUGAAGAAGAAGACGUGUAUGAUAAAGCCUAUUGUAUAAGCGACGACGAAGAUGACGAGGACAUGGGAGAAAACCUGGAAGAUCUGGUAGCCUACAGUACAAAAUAUGAAGCUGUCAGAAACCAGACUCACGAAACCAAAAGCAUACCAACUAGCGGAAGAGGGAAGAAGAAGAAACUAUUGUUUGGCGAGCAGUUUGCUCUGGAUGCAGACAUGAAAGAUGGGCUUCAGAGUAAGCUUUCGACCCGCACAAGUGACAAAGCCAGAAAAAGGCUCGCCAAAGAAGACUUUAUGUCACAACAGAACAGCACUUCCGAUGACUUAUUUUUGAAAUACCCAUAUGGAUUUCAUGUCCAGAACAUUAAGGAUGAGUUCGACUUGCUCCUUUCCAAGAACAAUCCGUCUAUGGCUUUUCCGCCAUUUGACCCACAAGGCAACAAGACCAUAAUGAGCUUCGCGGAGGCCUACUCCAUGAAGGGCAAGAAAAUGGGUAAAGGUGGGAAGACGUACGUCAUGGUGGAGAAGGUAAAGAAAACCAAAUGGGCGCUGCCCAACUACAACCAUAUCAACCAAUUACUUAACAAUAGACGUGUAUUCAUGCGUAUCGACGUGCGUAUGGCCAGGGAGGACCGGUUCUCGAGCGAUAAAUCCUUCAGCAAGGGCAAAUUUCAAGUCAAAGAAGGUGAAAUUGUUGGUGAAGAUGCGCCAGAGAUCGGGCUCGACAACGUCGGUAGGCGAAUGUUGGAAAAAUUAGGCUGGUCCAGUGGCCAGGGGCUUGGUGCGCAUGGGAAUCAAGGUAUCAGCGAGCCCAUUUUCGCCAAGGUGAAGAAGAGCAAAUCAGGUUUACGCCACGACUAG